ACUUUGAUUGGUUAUGUUUUCUGGGGUUUUGAAGGUUUUGGAUUUCUCUCUUACUACUGUUCCAAGUUCCAUCUAUGCCUUUUUUUUUGUUUUUGUUUUCUUCAUAUAUAUGCACACAAUUUGUCAGGUGGAAGUGACUUUGAUCAUAAAGUUUAAAGCUUUUGAUUGAAUUUUGCAGGUCUCGCUAGUUGUUGGAGUCAACUGUUCGAAAACACUUUUGGGAGGCUUUAAAUAGAGAGAGAGGGGGGUUCAGCUUUAAUAUCUAUCAGAGUUUCAGGAAUCAUGCUGAUUCAGUCAACUCAAUCGUGAAGACUUUGGUCAAAUUUUGCAAUACCCUUUGAAGAAAGAGAAUUGAACGAUUUAAUAAUCUCUGAUAAGUUGUCCCCUUUGUUAGUUUGGAGACUAAAGAGAAACUGAGUUUGGGUUUGUUUUUUCUGUGAUUGUUGAAUAUUAGAUUUGUUUAUUGAGAGCAAUUCACUACUUCAAGUUCAUUGGGGGUUUACCUUGGUUACCAUGCAUCAUUAAUUUGCUGUAUUGAGUUAUGGACAACAAUGAAUGAAGUAAUUAAGGUUCCGGGGGUUGGUUUUGCAUGCUUCUCCCCUUUGUCAUUACUUGGAAGCGGUUGGCAGAAUAAAUGAUGCUUCCUUUGUAAUAAUUUUAUGGUAGUUGAGUGAGUUAAUACAUCGGGAAUGGCUGCCUCUAUGUUUAGUCUACUGUUGUUUGUGCAAUUAUCAAGAUUCUUUGCCUCUGGGAUUGAAGUAAAGUCGAAGAUUUGCGGCGCCAAUCACAUAGCGUACUCAAACUCGAACUGUCAUGAAUUGUUUUAUUUGAACGGCAAUCUAGUAGAUAAAGUUUUGUUCUGCAAGGUUCUGCAGUUUCACUAUGAAGAUAAUUGUGUGCUGGAAGGCUAUACCGGUGCAGACUGUGGUUUGGAUGUUUCAUUAGCCAAUUUAUCAGUCGGAAGAGGACGGAAAUUAUUGCACAACCCCAAGAAAGAUGAGAUACCCGAUGAUAAUCUGGAGGGGAACACUAAUCGUAAAUAUCCGGCCUCAACCAAAGUAGGGAUAGCAGCAGCAGCUGGGGUAUUUUUAACUUGUGUUUUUAUAUGCCCCUGUCUGUACAAGAAAAAGAGACCUACUGACCACGCUGUUCUUUCGAGGGAUCUAAAUACAAUUGAAUCAGCUGCCCCUUCAGAAAUGAGUGUUCAUUCUCUUCCCGAGAAGGUUCCGGCCAGCCCACUCAGAGUACCCCCUAGUCCUUCAAGGUUCUCAAUGUCUAACUCUCCGCAACUCUAUAGAAUCGGGUCAGUGAAUCUCAAUAUGACACAAGUGAACAGAGCUACCCAUAAUUUCUCACCCACACUAAAGAUAGGCGAAGGAGGGUUUGGAACGGUUUAUAAGGCUCAUCUAGAUUCUGGCCAGGUUGUUGCGAUUAAACGAGCCAAAAAGGAACAUUUUGAGAAUCUGCAAACGGAGUUCAGCAGUGAAGUUGAACUUCUAGCAAAGAUCGAUCAUAGGAACCUUGUGAAGCUACUUGGUUAUGUGGAUAAAGGAAAUGAACGGCUUAUCAUUACAGAAUAUGUACCAAAUGGUACUCUAAGAGAUCAUUUAGAUGGUCAGCGUGGGAAGAUCCUAGAUUUCAAUCAGCGUCUUGAAAUCGCCAUUGAUGUUGCUCAUGGCCUCACGUAUCUCCAUCUCUAUGCAGAAAAGCAAAUCAUCCAUCGAGAUGUGAAGUCAUCCAACAUUCUUCUGACAGAAAGCAUGAGAGCUAAAGUGGCUGAUUUUGGAUUUGCAAGAGUUGGCCCUAUGGACUCUGACCGAACACAUAUUUCAACCAAAGUGAAAGGAACGGCAGGUUACCUUGAUCCGGAGUAUAUGAAAACCUAUCAACUCACAACCAAGAGUGAUGUAUACUCUUUCGGUAUUCUACUUAUGGAAAUUCUGACUGGCCGCCGUCCCGUGGAGCUAAGGAGACCAGCUGAAGAGCGCGUGACUCCUAGAUGGGCGUUCCGUAAGUAUAAUGAAGGACAUGUAGCGGAAUUGGUGGAUCCAAGGAUGGAAGAAUUUGUAGAUGCAGAGAUACUAACGAAGAUAUUUGCCUUGGCAUUUCAAUGUGCGGCACCCGUUAGAAAUGACCGUCCGGAGAUGAAAUCUGUGGGAGAACAGUUAUGGGCAAUCAGGGCCGAGUACGUUAAGACUUCAAGGCGAGGGUAACUCUACGUAAUCCAAUAGCAGUUUCCUCUCCCCUUUGCUCAUAUCCUUUUAUUUCCUAGUGUUUUUUUCCCUUUCCCCCCUUCUUUUGCAGUAUACCGUAAAAUCCAAAUUUGGUCUUAACCAAAAGCUAUGAUUCGCUUUUCUGUUGUUC